CAGUCCCGGUGGGUGGCCUUGCGUAUGUAUGUAUGCCUGGCGGCCCGGCAGAGUCCUGUCAUCAGUUAGUUAGCAACAGUAGUAAUAAGUUAGGAGUGAAGUAACAACAAUUCAGCAUCAGCAUCAGGGACAUAGUAAGAAGUAGUUCUCAACCAGAACCAAUCCAUCUCCCCUUUCUGCUCACUUGCUGGAUCUCUCUGCACACACUCGUUUUUCCCUCCUCCUUUCUGAUCCCGCAGACAGAGAAGAGAGCUGGGUUAUAUAUAAUAAUACUUGGUGUACUUUUUUCCCCAUCUCUAAUUUACCCCAGGCCGUUCAUUUAUUCUCUGGAGGUGGUCGUCGCGUUAGUAGCAGUAAAUUAUUAGACUGUUGCUGCUCUGCUGUCCGCUGUUCCACUUAUUCUUGAUUUGUUCGUUGGUCGUCGUCGUGUCGUGUCUGGGCCUUGAUUGCCCAAAAAGUAAAAAAAAAUCGAGCUAAAUACUUCACUGACUUCGCCUGCUCCAACUCCCGGCCAACUACUCUCUGUACACCUCUCACCCAUCGCCAUCGCCAUCCGCACCUCCAUAGCAGCAAGUUGUCUCAAUCUGUCUGUCGGAUUAGGAUUCCUCUUCUCUUUGUGUUUGCUUGCUUGCUUCGAACUAGAGGCCUUAUUCCGCUCCCGCUGGUCUGGUCUGACAUCGUCGUCGUCCUCGUCGUCAUAACGCCUCUAUACUCUUCCUCCUACUGUCGCUUCAGUUUACACACACACACACACACACUCUCUCUCUCUCUCUCUCUCCCAUUACACUCUGCUAAUCGACCUCGAGAUCGUUAAUCUCUCUCCCUUUCUCUGUGUCUCGUUCUUGUCUCUCGUUCGUCGAUAAUUGUUCUUCUCGUUGCCGCUCACUACAGCUCCCCUCCCGCCCUCGGUUCCGGCCCUUCGACUUCCCUCCCCCCUCCCCAUACGAGAAGACCAAGCUGGAUGGCUGUGUCAGCCACUUCUGCGUUCUAGGGAGAGUUUUGCCGUUUACCGCCUGCCGAUUGCUGGGGGAACUUGUGCUCUUUUUCGUUCUUUAAUUCCCAUUCCGCGUCGCUCCUGCGGCCCGCGUUGGACCUCGGGGUCUCCUUCUCGUCGCUGCGUUGCCGGCAAUGACUCCUUCGCCGCCCAGACUGCGGAUUCUGUCAGUUGGAGGUAAUGCGAUAUCUGCCUUUCUCUCCUGGCGGCUCCAAGCUACAAAUGCCUGCGAUGUGACCCUCGUAUGGAAAUCAGGCUUUGAAUCUGCUUCUCAAUAUGGUCUUACUUUCAGAUCAAAAGUAUUUGGAAAUGAACGCUUCAAACCCUUUCGGGUCGUGCGCACUCCAGAAGAAGCGGGUUCGACCGACCAACCUUUCGACUACGUUAUUCUUUGCGUGAAGGCUCUACCAGACGUCUACGAUCUUGCCUCCGUCAUUGAGUCGGUCGUGACACCCCAACAUACCUGUAUUCUGGUUAACACCACAAACACAUUGGGUGUCGAGGCUCAUCUAGAGCACCGGUUUCCUACAAAUGUUGUUCUCUCUUUAGUGUCUGGAAUUGAGAUAAUCCAGACCGGGCCCAGUGAAUUCGAAAUUACAUCAUCGACAAAUACUUGGGUAGGCCCUUCUUCAAAAAAUGCCAUGAUUCCUUCAUCUAUUCAGAACGAUAUGGCUGUAGCCUUGGCUAUCACAUUAAGUACAGGCCAAGUCGACUGCAAAGUGUCAGAAAACAUCAGACAAGAGCAGUAUGAACGCAUGAUCGGGCCCAUCGCAUUCCAUCCCGCGAGCGUGAUAUUCGAACGCCCAAACCACGCAGACCUCUUAGAGAAAAUUGGGCUCCGCCAAUUAAUCUCUGAUGUUAUCGAAGAGCUCGUUAGCCUAGCCAAAACUCAGGGCUGCACCUUUUCCGAGAAAUUCAAAGAAUCGAUAAUUGAGAAGAUGAUCGCCCAUUCAGAUGCACCGAGCACCAUGUACCAAGAUUUCUUAGCGAGGCGUCCAAUGGAGGUGGAAACAUACCUGGGAUCGCCGGUAAGGAUAGCAACCGAAACUGGUAUUAAAAUCCCUCGAAUAGAGACGCUAUAUGCGAUGCUACACCACCUCAACGCCAGCAAUCAGGCAAGGCAACCGCAGGAACCAACGUCACCAGGCCCCGUUCACCCACCCCCAAGACUUUCAUCUGCGCCUCCUCCCCGUCCCCCGAUGAAUGGAAUGCGGGGCAGUCGAAUGGGACCUGGACCUGGUAUGGGAAUGCCCCCACCUCGACGUGGCCCGUCCUCGAUGGGUAUGCACCCGAGACCACCUCCCAAUGGAUUUCCUCCAAGGGGCCCGCCGCCGCCCAUGCAGCGAGAAUUAUCAGAAGAGCAUAACCUGGACGAAUUUAGCCAUCUUAUGCUGUACGAUGACGUGUUAGAGGACGGGGCGCAGAACGGUGGAUACGGUCCUAUGUCAAACGGUGGAGGCCCUCCUCCGGACCUUGCUCUGAGAGAGCGCGAGCUAGCACUACGGCAACGUGAACUACAAUUGAGGGAGCAAGAAAUUAGCAUGAGAAGAGUUGGACGGCGAACGUCGGCGGCGCGUGACGGUUUCGACGACAUGGACGACGAUGAUUAUUUCGACCCAAUGGAUCACCGUGGCCCACCCCUACCUCAGAUCGAUCCCGACAAUUUUGACAUGCUGAGCGUUACUUCUCGUAGAAAUCGGAAAACACAAAGUCAAAAUCCAGGCCAGUUCCGCAAGAAUCCUGAGAUGGGUGGUGGUGGUAGACCUCCCUCAGCUUUCAGCAGGCACUUUGGCGGCGGUGGACGAAGCCGUACGACCUCCCGGUUAAUGGAUGAGAUACCUGGUGUACACGACUCCUUGUUAAAUAAUCCCAUGAUGGGCUAUUCCUCCAAUCGAUAUGGAAAUGUCGACAGGAAAGAGAUUCGCGACGAAUCAAGAGCCAACUCACUGACAGCCAGUCGGAUGAAUGAGGUAGGACAGGGCAACUUCCACCCGCCAAGUAGACGAACUAGCCAAUCUCCUGGAACUUCUUUUCACCCUGCCGGACGUGGUAUGGGCCGGCCACCCCCCGGUCACGACUCGUAUAACGGGCAACCUAUGCUGCCCACAGGGAGGAGACCAUCCCCUCCUGGGGCGAAGAGAGCGCCAAUUCCAAAGUAUCCUCCUGGACAAGGAAGCGUGGCGGCGCCGCAGCAAGUCGAGCAACAUGUCGGGGUGAGCAACUCGUAUCCAGCCAAAGGCACCCUAAAAGUUCGAAGUCUGACAGGGAGUGCGAGCGCCAGCGCGGGGAGUGGCGAUAGCGGCGUGAGCGCCAAUAUCGACUCCGAAAAUUCCGCCCACAGCAGUCAGAGCAGUCUAGGUCCUCGUCAAUCAUCGCUCGCUCGAUGAACCAAUUAAAAAUAUUCGACCUUCGCAUUUUGUUAAUGCUCGAUUUCUCGAUUGAGAAACCCUCGCUGCGAUUCCCACGAACCAGAAAACUAAGUUUACGAUACGACUUUAGACGUCUUCUGCAUUGAUGAUAUCCUCACCCUACCCGUUCCGCCGUGAUCGUGAUAAAAGUCGAUUGCGGAUAGACGGUUUAACUUUUAUAUAAGCCAAACCAUUACAUAUUCUACUUGCUGCUGCUAUUGCUCUUCUCUUGUUCUCAUUCUCCUUUGUUAACUCUACACCCCCCAUUUGCAUACUUUUCUUUUUCUUUUCCUUCUUUCCCCUUCUCAAGGCAUAACCGUUUCCCUCACAACUAAAUAUUAAUGGCAGCUCUUUCUUCAAUGGCUGGUAACUGGGGGGCUGAUAAGAGUAAUAUAGCUUCGUUGCUGAAUUACCGGUUUAUACCCAAACAUUCAAUUUUCACCUUUUUUUUCCACCUUUUUUGCGCCGUUGGGGCUUGUUUGUGUUUCAGUGUUCAGAAUAAGCUGAUUGAAUUUCCUCUGUUCUCAGUACUUCAAGGAUGCAUUGUUUUUAUCACGAGUCAUUUGGGCGGAUCAUAAAAUAAUCACUAUAACCAAAUGCGCACACAAUAUACAUAUCCUUUAUUUCCAUUUCUACGUCCCUUUCUUAACAAACCCGUAUUGUUUUUUACUUUUCAUAAACCUUCGAACCUAGUGUUUCCCUGUUGUCCCCCUUCCCCCCCCUUUUUUUUGUUUUCUAAGCCCUCUACACUUGAAUUAAUGUUUUGCAUCUCCCCCUCUCCUUCCUAUACCUACUUUUUUCACUUUUUUAUCCUAUGUUGUAUUGGCUUCUUUUCUCUCUUCUCCCUUUUUUGCUUUUGGCCAGAAAACUAUUCUGUUGCCUACACAUAUACAUAUGAGCUGGCUGUUAGUUCAGAGAAGAGAAGGAAGAGACCAACCUUAACUUAACCUGGCUUGGUAAUGAAAACAGUUUCGAGUCAGACUUUAUUUCUUUCGUGAUUUUUUUUUUUUUUUUGUAUGGGGGUUAUUAGUCCUGUCAGGAGCGUAUGGCGCAAAACUCCCACUGCCCUCCUGGGGUGCUCUGACGCCAAUAGUAUAUAACAUACAUAUAAGAUGAGAAUAUAGAUAUGGGAAAGAGUGUAUGGUUGUAGAAAUGACUUUCUUUGGCGAUAUCUUUUCCUUCUUAAGAUUCCCUCCCUUUUUCCCCUCUGUAUUUAUCAACGUGGGUAGAAAUACGGACUGCUUCGUGCGAGUCGUUAUUGUCAAGUAUUCCUGUCUAUAGCCGGCACGUGAAUUCCCCCUAUUGGUUUCCAAGUUAUUAUCUAUUCGAUUUUCCUUUUUAACUAUUUCUUUUCUUACCUAUUGAGUAAACUCUAU